CGUCCUCCCUUUUUUUUUCCUUUGGUCUUUUGCCGUUUGGCCCUCUUGUCGCUCCUCGGUGGGAAAUCGUUUUCAUUGUUUCCUGUUCAAGCAUCUACAUGACAUUUUGUCAUCUUGUAUGGUAUUGUUGUUGUUCCCUCCCCUCGGCCCCUGACUGCGCCCACAUAGUUUAAAUCAUGCAUCUCAGAACCGCCUCGGCCCUGGUAUCCCUUCUCCUCGUCGGACUCGCGCACCAAGUGGUAGCAAACCCCCUUCCCCCGAAUGACGAGGCCUCACUUCGCCGCCGGUAUACUGCACAAAAAUACAGGGCGGACACCGUCAAGAAGGCAUUUCAGACUGCCUGGAAUGGAUACUACAAAUAUGCCUUCCCCCACGACUCCCUGAGGCCGGCCACCAAUACGUACUCGGAUGACAGAAACGGAUGGGGUGCAAGCGCGGUAGAUGCCUUCAGCACGGCGCUGGUCAUGAAGAACUGGGGCGUCGUCAACCAGAUCCUCGACUACGUGCCCACCAUCAACUUCAGCAACACGUCGACCGAGAUCUCGCUGUUCGAGACCACCAUCCGUUACCUAGGCGGGAUGCUGUCCGCCUAUGACCUGAUGACGGGCCCGCUCUGGAACCACGCGGGCAACGACACGACCAACGUGACGGCCGUGUUGGUCCAGGCGCAGCGGCUGGCCGACAACCUCAAAGUGGCCUUUGACACGCCGAGCGGCGUUCCUGACAACAUGCUCAAGUUCGGCCCCCCGCGCAAGGUCGGCCAGGCCACAAACGGCAUCGCCACCAUCGGCACGCUGGUGCUCGAGUGGACUCGCCUCAGCGACCUGACGGGCAACCCCGAGUACGGACGGCUGGCCCAGAAGGCCGAGUCGUACCUGCUGCACCCGCGCCCGGCGCUCGGCGAGCCCUUCCCCGGGCUGCUCGGCACCAACGUCAAUAUCACAACGGGCCUAUUCGUCGACAGCAGCGGCGGCUGGGGCGGCGGCGACGACAGCUUCUACGAGUACCUCAUCAAGAUGUACCUGUACGACCCCUUGCGCUUCCGCGAGUACGGCGAGCGCUGGGUCAAGGCCGUCGACUCGUCCAUCCAGUAUCUGACGUCGCACCCGACGUCGCGCCCGGACCUUACCUUUCUCGCCAUGUGGAACAACAGGACGCUGCAGUUUGUGUCGGAGCACCUGGCCUGCUUCAACGGCGGCAACUUCAUCCUCGGCGGGCUGACGCUCGACGAGCCGAUAUACGUGCGGUUCGGGCUGGACCUGGUGGACUCGUGCCACGAGACGUACGUGAAGACGGCGACGGGGAUCGGGCCCGAGGUGUUCUCGUGGCAGGACAGCCGGACGCCGCUCAACGCGACCAACAACCCGGGGCCGCCGGCCGCGCAGGCCGGCUUCUACAACACGUCGGGGUUCUGGAUCAGCAACGGCAACUACGUGCUGCGCCCCGAGGUCCUCGAGAGCAUCUACUACGCCUACCGCGCCACGGGCGACAAGAAGUACCAGGAGUGGGCCUGGGCGUCGUUCCAGGCCAUCAACGCCACCUGCCGCAUCGGCAGCGGCUACUCCAGCGUUAACGACGUCAACGCCCCCGGCGGCGGCGGCUUCUCCAAUUUCCAGGAGAGCUUCUGGUUCGCCGAGGUGCUCAAGUAUUCGUACCUCAUAUUUGCCGAAGACGCUCCUUGGCAGGUGCAGGCAGACCACACCAACCAGUUCGUCUACAACACGGAAUGCCACCCCAUCCGGAUAGCGUCUGGGCAUGAGAAUGUAGCAUACGGGAGCACAUGAUUGACGGCCGCUUGUUGAUGUUGAUGUUGAUGUUGAUGUUGUUGUUGUUGUUGUUGUUGUGCAUCUACCUUUUUAUAUGAUAGACACAUGAGAAAAGGCCACUUACAGAAUGCCCGAAUGAAUGGGCCAGAUAUCAGGACGUGAGUAAGUAAUAGUGACUAAAUAGCUGGAUACUUUACGAGUGUGUGGCAUUGGAAACGGAGUCUUUGUGUCUUUCUUCGGGUCCGAGGUUAAUAUACAUACAUAUCUACUCAUUACCACCAGGAUGGUGCAGAGGAAGACCAAACCGCGUGAGAUGGCGAUG